AUGAGCCUCAAGCGCAGCAGGAACGAGCCUUCAGAGCACGAUGCACAACCACAGAAGAAACGCAAAUCCUUCAGCGCAGGUCCUGCAAAUCUACCCGAUGGAACCUACAAACGCAAGACGGACAAGAUAAAGAGCGAUUUGAUACAGAAGGCCAAAGUCAAGAAGGCCUAUGCCAAAGUGAAGGCCGAGGAACAGCGUAAAGAAGAGGAGGCAGAAGAGGCAGCGAUUAACGUUGGAGUCUCGACGCCGCCAAGGGAAGAAGGUGUCCCUGACAUAGCCGCUACUAUGGACUUGCACCCCGACCGACAAGCCAUGCUUGACAAGCCCGACACAGCACAGCCCAGCACACCGCAGCUCAACGCGCGACGACGGAAUCGCGGCUCGGUCCAUACCAUUGAUCACGAGGAUGUGAAUGGCUUUCGAGAUCGUCGGAGAGAUCGCAAACCGAAGAAGUCUCGGUACGAGCAAGAUAUUAAACUUGCCGCAGAGAAACGCGCGCAAUUCGCGGCCAGGGCGAACGCCAGAGAGGCUCGACACAAGGAGCGGAAGGCGAUGGCCAAAGCAAAGCGUCCGGGAAAGGACGGCAAGCAGAAGUUGGGCCGGCAAGGUAAUGUCCUGCUCUCCCGAGUGCAGCGUCUGAUGGGCGAGGGCUCAUUAUGA